GGGUCUCCGUGAGUCAGGGGCUGACUUGAUGGCAGCUAACAGUAAUAACAACUGGCUUUAAAAAUGUGCAACUUAUAUAAAACUUGCAGGAGAAUCUGCCUCGAUAAACUUUGAGCUUAUUCCAUAACAUUUCUGAGAAGUAGUUAGCCCUCAGUUACAUUUUUUUAAAAAUUAACACGUGAAUUAUUUCAGAAGCGGGUGCUGGCUAACAUUUGUAUACACUGUGUCUUCUGUACGUAUUUAUGGCAGUUUGUUUUCUUUAGUAUGUCUUUGAGAACUUGCUUUUGGCAAUGGCAGCUUUGCUAAAGCUGUACAUUUUUAGGAGCAAGACCCCAAAUUGCUAGGGAUUGCGGUAGUUAAGGAGCCCCACUGCUGUUUUUCCUCCCCCUAUCCUAUCCACACUCUGUUAUUUCUUCUAUUUAUAUCGUCUCUGGCUCUGCUUCCACAAAACCAAAGUUCUCUGGUGGGUUAAAAGUUUAGUUGCAAUGUUCCCUGAAUUAACGAUUAGACUGAAGUUUCCUUGGCUUUGUCCAAAUGUAAAUCCCCUAUUUCUGUACUUUGCUUUCUGUCUUCAGGUACACGGGAGGCUCUUCUACCAUCUGUCUACCUACAAUCUGAUCUGGGUCAUGGUAGCCGUGGUGCUGUGCAGGGCGCAAGGGCUAGUGGUGACCCAGGAUGAAAAAGAGCGGUUGAACACACCUGCUUCCUUAAGAUGCUCUCUGCAAACUGACCAGGAAGUCUUGAUUGUGACAUGGCAGAAAGUGAAGGCUACAAGCCCAGAAAACAUGGUCACCUUCAGCAAGAACCACGGAGUUGUGGUUCAGCCUACCUAUAAGGACAGGGUAAACAUCACACAUCCGGGACUCAGAAACACAACCUUAACCUUCUGGAAUACCACCCUGGAGGAUGAGGGGUGUUAUAUGUGCCUCUUCAAUAUCUUUGGUUCUGGGAAGAUCUCAGGAGAAGCUUGCCUCACUCUCUAUGUACAGCCCACAGUUUCCCUUCACUACAAAUUCUUUGAAGACCACUUAAAUCUCACCUGCUCUGCCACUGCCCGCCCAGCCCCUGUGAUCUCCUGGAAGGUGGCUGGGUCAGGAAUUGAGAACAGCACUGAGAGUGUCUCCCACCCCAAUGGGACCACAUCGGUCACCAGCAUCCUGCAAGUCAAAGACCCCGAGAGCUAUGUGGGGAGGGAGGUGAUCUGCGAGGUGCUGCACUUGGGAACUGUGACUGACGUCAGGGAAACCGUGAGCAAAGAGCCCUAGAGGAGUCACACAAAACCCUGAAAGUUAUUUCCUGGUCUACUUGAAUUUGAAGCAGGAGGAAAAAUGGUCAUUCUCCAUGGGACUAAAAGAACAAAAGAGGCAGAAGCAAAAGGCCUCAGAAUUCCAGACUUUCUACUGCCAUCUAAUCUACUCAGUACUGUUUUGAGCUCCAAGAGGAAGUCAUUUUUCCUCGCAGGUCUGUUGGAGGACUUGAUUUUGUAAAGCAAUGCAGUGUUGUGCUAUUGAAAGGACGCUGGACUUAGAAUCAGGAGCCCUGGGUGCACACGUUGGCUUUGGCUCUUGCUGGUGGCAGCCCUAGGCUAGUCACUUUACUUCAAUGAGCAUACAUGUUGGAGCUGGAUAGAUCACUGGCCACUCAGUUCUAAAAACUGAUGCAGUUCCAGGAAAAAAAGGAACAAGCAAAAAGAAAAGAAAUGAGAAAGAGAGGGAAGGUCAUGGAAAGAUUAAGGACCAAAGAACUUUUUCUGAGACUGUGUUUUAUGUUUCUUUUCAUGGUCCUUCUUCCCUUGUUCUUAAGUCCAUGAUUCUGUUUUCCCAGCACCUGGUAUCUAGUCUAGUACCAGCCUGCUGCUUUGCUGAUAACCGGUCUUGCUAGAACCCCUGGUUUCACUGCUAUCCUUCAUGUGCUGCUGUGAGGUUACCACAACCAAAAUGAGACUGAAUUUAUCGUGAAAUAACAUUGGCAACCUUAAGUUUACUUAUCUAUUUUUAUAGCAGAAUAAGUAAACUCACAUUAAAAAAAAAAUGCUUUCCCUUCCCACUUGUCUCAUAAUAUGCCCAGCCCUAUUUUAAUCGUUCUGAAUUCAGCCUCGUAUAAUGAAAAUAUAUUUAAAAACAGACAUUUAGGGGAUUUCUUGUAUAGUAGUCAAGCAAAUCAUAAACUUUGUUCUGGCUUCUUUUUCUGUGAUUUAACUUUGAACAAUAGCAGAUCAGGCAAAUACAGGCAUACAGAUCCCUCCAUUCUAACAAUAUUGUUCUAACUUUCCAAUAACAAAUUAGUCCUCUUCCUGAAUCUUUUGCUUUCUCUGUCUAUAUCUAAUGACCUAGGAGCUAAAACAUAAGGUUUUUUUCUUUCUUUUUUACUAUCAAAUUUGAUAUUUAUAUAUUUAGUUUAAGCUUUUUAUGUGUUAUUUAAUUAUGGAUUCUUAUAUUUGUAUUAAAAUACUGAACAAUUAAAAGUGUCAACUCUAAAUAUUUGGUUUAUGAUAUUCUCUUGGGGAAUGUGGAAAUGAGUGAUAACCCUCAUAUUUUCCAUUUGUGUGGGAAACCUUCCUCCCCCUCCAUUUCUCACCCCCUAAAAGAUGCAUUGGCCUCUUUGAUUAAGAGUUCAGAUGGAAAAUGAAAUUCAAGCAUGCUAAAGACAUCUAUGUAAUGAGUUUUAAACAGAGAUUAUGACUUUUGCCCAAGAGAAGAAAGAGCAGAGGCUGAUGAAUAGUUCAGGGAAACAACUGAGUCACAAGAAGCGACGUUACCAAACUCACUGGGAUGUUACAAGAGUGCUGUUGUUAUUAUCAGCUGCCAUCAGGUCAGCCCUGACUCAUGGUGACCCCAUGCACAAUGGAACGAAAUAUGGGUCUUAUGUCAUCCCCAUGAUU